AUGGACCCCUAUGGCAGCAUCCAAGGCAUUGUUCCCAAUGAGCUCGCAGGAGUGCCGCAGGAGGUGCUCGAGGAAUAUGUAAUACAGCGGCUGCGCCGCUUCGCGCCCGACUUUGCCGCCGAACUCGGGGGGCCGCGCAGCAGCCAGCUCGAAAUAGAGGGAGCGCUGCUGCGCACCCUGCAGCGCCAGGCGCCCCCGCCCACAGCGGCCACGCCGGCGAUGUCGCAGGCGGCGGCGCCAGCCAUGUCCAUGAGCGUGGCGAUGACGCCGCCGCUGCAGCAGCAGCAGCAUCACCACUACGCACAUCACCACCACCAGCAGCAGCAGCAGCAGCAGCAGCAGCAGCAGCAGCAGCAGCACGAGCAGCAGGCGUCGGGCCAGCUGUGUUUCACGCACGACUGCAAGUACAUCGGCUGCCGCGACCGCACCUGCGCCUUGUGCCGCAACAACCCCCACAAGAAGUGCGCCGAGGACGACAACUUUGAUGAGGCGUAUGCAGACGGCCAGGUGCUGCGCUCCAAGUGUGAGGCGGACAUACGGGUCGCGCUGCGCGGCGGCGUGGGGCUGGGGGCGCAGGAGGUCCCCGGCCUGCUGAUCAAGCUGAGCAUCAUCAACGGCGACAGCACCGGCGUGUCGGAGCUGCUGCUCGACCCUAAU